AUGAAAACCAUGAAGUCCCAGUCUCGCCGCUCUGGUGGCGCAGACCGUGGCGGCAUUCGAAAGCGGGGCCCAACGCGCACCGACCGAGAUGGAGACAUGGACAUGGACACAAGCGCUCGUGGGGGAAAGGGAGGCCGAGGAAAACCUGCACGAUCUUCCACAGCCCGACCCUCUGGAUCUGGUCGGACACAGCCGCGUGACAAGAAUAUUGAUGCGAUUCAGCGGGCCAUCUCCGGUGCGAAGGACUCGCAGUUCAACAUUCGGUCCGGCAAAAACGCCAACGCAACCAAUCUGGAAGAGUACAGCGUCCGUGGCUGGAAAGACAGCAAAGCAUCGUCCACUCGCGACGGCGGUGUCGACAGCCUCCUUGGAUUCCUAGAACGACGAAUGAAUGCACACACGAAAUCCGGAUCAUCCCGCGCGAGAAUCACCAAGUCGCGGGUUGAAGGAGACUCACUUAUUGUAUCUGUGAAGCCGGAUGUGGGAACUAAAUUGUCCUACCUGGACGGCAACACCUUCGCUGGGGUUAAGAUCAUUGUGGAACGAUACGAUCCAGCUUCGAGUGAGGCACUGGAUCGCGAAUUGCGCACCACCAAUGGUCUCUCCCAGGAAACGAUCGACACAAAGACCAAGAUGACCGAAAUCUUGGCCAGACGGUACUUCCCCGACCCCAAACUCCUUGAUCUCUCCAAGCUGGGUACCGACCCCGAUCUCCAGGCCAUGGGAAUUUUCAACAGCACAUCGACAGAGUCUAAGUUUUUCCCGGCCCUGAUGAAGGUCUGGGAAAUGGGAUUUGCCGAUGCAAAGCAGAGACGCGAGGCAGUGGAAAGCGUGAGCUUGGCUGACAACAAACUUGCCAACAUCACAGUUGUGACUACUCUUGCUGUGACAAUCCCUGGCCUCAAAAAUCUCGACCUCUCGAACAACAACUUCAAGGAUGCCAGCUCGCUGAUCGGCUGGCGUUGGAAAUUCCGUGAUCUCGAAUUCUUGGAUUUGACUGGCAACCCUUACAGUACCGUGGAAAGUUUCAAGAGCACCAUGAUGAAAUGGUAUCCCAAGCUGCAAACCUUGAACAACGUCCAGGUUCGCACGCCAGAAGAGAUCGCGGCCCAGAAGAAGACGCCUAUUCCUGUUCAGCCACCCCACUUCCAAGAUGAUUCCCAGAUCGCAGAGAACUUCGUCCGCGCAUUCUUUACUGGCUACGAUACCGAUCGAAACAUUCUUCUGAACACCAUUUACGACGAUCGUUCCACUUUCUCUAUGAACAUAAACACCUCGGCGCCCAAGGCCACCCAGGCCGAUACUGCCAGCUGGGAUCCUUACAUCAAACGGAGCCGUAACCUUCAGAAGAUCAGCCACCUCCCUGCACGAAUGGCACGCACUUUCACUGGCAAGGAAAAGAUCGCUGAGUUGUGGAGCACUCUGCCGGCAACUCGUCACCCUGAUAUGGCCGUUCACCCCGAAGAGAUGCUCAUCGAAUGCCACCCGGUCCCUGGACUUCCCGACCACACUGGCCAGAGCGAGACUGGCGUUGGAGGUCUUUUGGUCAUGGUCCACGGAAAAUUCGAGGAGAGUGUGGGAGGAAAAGUGGAAACACGCAGCUUUGAUCGAUCCUUCACUAUCGGCCCUGGCAGUGGUGCCCUUGGGAUCACAGUCAUCAACGACAUUCUCACCCUUCGUGCCUACGGUGGACAUGAAGCCUGGAGCCCAGAGAACCAGGCUAUCCCCAACGCUAUCCCUCAGGCUAUCCCCCAAGCCAUUGCCCCUCCCUCUGUCGCGGCUCCUAUCACCCCUGUCGCUCUUCCUGUUAUGCCUGUCGCCCCGCACCCCAGCUUCCCAGCUGGCUACGGUCUGCCUGCUCCCGGCAAAACCGACACACAGAUUCAGCAGGAACAAAUGAUUUCGCAAAUCAGCGCAAAGUCCGGCAUGACAAUCCAGUACUCUGAGAUGGCUCUUUCGAGCAACGGAUGGAAUCUCGACGCUGCAUGGAACAACUUUGAACAGUUAAAGGCUCAGGGUGCUCUUCCUGCCGAUGCUUUCCUCCCUGUGACAUGA